AUGUCCAACAAUCGUUUUAAAUGCCAGAACUGUCAUUGUCCUAUUGAAGUUGAUCCAUCUUUACUGGAUCUUUCCCUGGCCCAGAGGGAGAUGAUAACUAACGCUACUGGUGAACUGGAUAAUAAUUCUGCCUAUAGAGUACCCGAUGACAGAAAACAGUUGCUGAAACAAGUAAAAACGCCUGCGGAAAUAGUAAUGCCAUCUGUUGUCAGUCCUGCAGAAUCAUAUGUGUUUUUAAACGCUAAUGAAGGUAGUGCAAUGCCCACAAGGGCGGUCGCGGAGGAGGCAGAAGAUGAAGAUGAUGAUAGCUCCAAAACGCUAUCUUCAAACAUACAAAACCUAAGCAAUAUAUUCAACAUCCUUUCCUCCAAGAGCAAUGUUGAUUAUCCUAUUUGCCAAGUCUGCUGUGAGCUACUGAUACAGAAACUGAAGAAAGAAUACGAGGAAGCUGUCAAAAAGCGUAAUUCGUACAGUGAGUUUGUAGCCCGUUUAGAGAAACAGAAAGAAAAAGAAGGCGGUUCUCCUACUAGCUCCAAGGAUCGCGAAGAAGCUGCAAACUCCUCGCAAGACUCACAUGAUAAGCAUAUCACUGCGGAGAAAGAGGAACUAAUCGCGAAACUAGUCGCCCUUGAAAACGAGAAUAAUAAACUAGACAAGGAAAUAGAGGAGCUGGAGGAGAAACUGCGUGAGAGAGAGGAGUCAGAAGUCAAGAAUGUUAUCAACCAGAACUUAAAAGACCUAGAGCAAAUUUCAUUCAUUAGGGACGCUCAAUCGCUAAAAAACCAAUACGAACUCACGUUGAAUAACCUCGACAAAUUAAGAAGAACCAACAUAUUCAAUGAAACUUUUCGAAUCUCCCAUUCAGGGCCCUUUGGAACAAUCAAUGGUCUACGUCUUGGUGGUUUCGGACAGGUCCGCGUGCCAUGGCAAGAAGUCAAUGCCGCAAUGGGCCAGUUGAUUCUCUUGCUUGCGACUAUUGCAUGUAAAAUCCAUCAUGAGCUAGAUUGCUACAAAUUAAAACCGCUAGGUUCCUACUCAAAAGUUGAACAAUUUGAUCAGCGCGAACAGAAGUGGAUCACUUACAAUGCGUACAGAAACGAUGAAUUCAAGCUUGGCAAGUUUUUUCACAAAGAAACAUCGCUUGAUAAGGCACUCGAAUGCAUUAUAGCUAUUGUAGAUCAAAUUGCAAAGAAAAUAUCAGAACUAUCAAGAGAACAAAACGAUGAUAUGGAGCUACCUUAUCCAAUGAGUCGCGACAAGAUUAACAGCAUAUCGGUGAAGCUAAUGGGUAGCGAACCGACUCUUGAAUGGACUACUGCUUGUAAGUUUCUAUUGACUAAUGCAAAGUGGCUUUUGGCAUUUUCGUCCCAAGUGACCUGA